UUCUUAAUACGUAUUAAAGUAUAUAGGUGUAAACUAAGAUAAUAAUUGUGCGAUAAAUAUCAUUAAUCUUGUCGAACAUGUUGAUUCUAAACGCAAUACAUCGAAUAGGAACAUUGGCACGAGGAAAUUUAACCCAUAAACUCGAUUCAGCAAGAUCUAUUAUUUCCUCAUGCUCGCGCUAUUCUGAUGAUAAGAAGGAAGAAAUAACGACUGAAAGCGAGAGAUCGACUGUUUGUACUUCUAAAGGUGCAUGCAGACCAAUUGUUUCAGUAGAGACAAGCAUCAAGUAUAUGGAUAGUGAUGCUUACAAACAAACUUAUGGAGAUAACCCAGUAUGGAAAUUAUAUAGAAGAAAUUAUAAAGGACAAAGAGCACCUAGAAAAACUCGAAAAACUUGUGUAAGAGGUGGUAUAAUAUCUACUGGAAAUCCCUGUCCUAUAUGUAGAGACGAAUAUCUUAUAUUUGAUCAUAGAAAUGUCAAGUUACUUAAACAAUUUAUCAGCGAAUACAAUGGAGAAACUCUAAGUUACUUACAGACAAGUAUUUGCCAAAAAAGACACAAAGAACUCCUAAUUGCAUUAAUAAAUGCCAAGAAUUAUGGAACUAUUACAUUUGAUGUUCCUAUAAGACAAUACAAUUAUUUUGAGUGGAAACAGGACAAAUAAAAUUAAUUAACA